AUGCACAUUAUUUUCUUCUAUUUGUUGAGGGGCGAAAUCUAUCAUCUAUCAGAUUGGAACUGGAAUAAUUUUAGCGAUGAAUUCUGUAAAUUUCUAUUAGGCAAAGAUAUUCCAGAUGAUAUAUUAGAGUUACCACGAUACGUUAAAAUGACAUCUCCAGGCCGUAUGUUACUAUCAUUUUUGAACAAAGAUCCUAUAAGUCAAGCACAGGGUAAUACUGCGCGUAACAGUAACUAUACAGCUGAUAGGAUGCACAUGAUUGAAGAAUCAACAGCGGGAGGUGCGAAUAAUAUUCGAAAUAAACAGUGA